AUGGCUGAUCGUCAUCGAGUUCCCUAUCAAACUCCACCGUCUAGCCCCUACAGAUCCCCACACAGAAGUCCUGAUAUAUCUCCGCCAAAGGGUGGUCCACCAAGGUCUUCGCAUCUAGAUCCUCGAGCUCAGAAAGUUCCAUCAUCUUCGGGUCCGAAGGUUUCUAUUACGAAGAAAGGAGAUCCACCUAAGGGGUCUCGGUAUGCGGUUAACCGUCCAGUGGCUAACCCCUCUUCUCUGCAUGCUGAUCUAAAGGGUGUGCAACAACCUUCUGUCCAGCGUGUUAAUCCAAAGGGUGUUCAGCAACCUUUUUCCCGGCGUGUUGAUCUGAAAGACAUUCAGUAUCCUUCUCCCCAGCGUGCUGAACCAUUAAAUGUUCGUCCUCUUCAAUCCCUGCCACCUCGGGCGUCGAUGCAGUCGAGACCUAGAGCUUCGCAACCCAUUCCUCUGGUGAAGGAGUCUUCUUCAAAAUCUACGAUGCCCUCAGCGGACCCUCCAAGGAAUCCAUCAGUCAAAAGAAACCCAUUCCUCUGA